AUGCUUGGCCUCAGGAGUCUUGGUUUAUUUGCGCUGCUGGCCUCUGUGAUUGCCUCCGGCCAUGACUAUGGCCACCAGCGGCUUCACGCGAGGUACGUGACCAACACCACCACCGAGUAUGACUAUGUGGUGGUUGGCUCCGGCCCUGGUGGCGGUCCCUUGGCCGCCCGUCUGGCCAUUGCAGGAUACAAGGUGCUGCUGCUCGAAGCGGGUGACGACCAGGGCAACGCGACCAAGUUCCAGGUGCCCGCCCUGCAGCUGCAGUCGACCGAGUAUGAGCCUAUGCGCUGGGACUACUUUGUACACCACUACCAGGACCUGGAGCGCCAGGAGCAGGACUCCAAGAUGACCUACCGCACGCCCUCCGGAGACCUCCACGUCGGACCCAACCCUCCCGCCAACUCGGAGCCUCUGGGCAUCCUGUACCCCCGCGCGGGCACGCUGGGAGGCUGUUCGGCUCAUAACGCGAUGAUCACCAUCUACCCGUACGAGAAGGACUGGGAAGACCUGGCCACCCUCACCGGCAACGACUCGUGGGCUCCUGACGAGAUGCGCAAGUACUUCGAGAAGCUGGAGCGGAACCGCUACCUGCCGAGCUCGCUGGCCGGCCACGGCUUCGACGGCUGGCUCACCACCAGUCUGACCCGCCUCGAGCUCGUCGUCGAGGACCAGAAGCUCCUGUCGCUCAUCCUCGGCGCCGCCACCGCCGCCGGCAAGAGCCUCCUCGGCAAGGUCAUCAACACCGUCACCGGACUCGCCGACGUGCUCCUCCGCGAUCUCAACUCCAACCUGCCCUUCCGUGACCAGUGGGGCGGUCUAUACCAGGUGCCGCUGGCCGUCGACGUCCCCGACUACCGGCGCACCGGGCCGCGCGACUUCCUGAUGGACACGAUCAACGCGGUCAACGACGACGGCUCCCGCAAGUACCACCUGGACAUCCAGCUCGAGACGCUGGUCACCAACGUGCGCUUCGACAACACCACCGCCGCCGCUGGCGGCAAGCCCCGCGCCAUCGGCGUCGACUACCUCCGCGGCAAGAGUCUGUACCGCGCGGACCCGCGGGCGGCGCCGACAGGCACGCCGGGCACCCGGGGCAGCGUGAACGCAGCGCGGGAGGUCAUCCUCGCGGCGGGGGCGUUCAACACGCCGCAGCUGCUGAAGCUCAGUGGGAUCGGGCCGCGGGCGGAGCUGGAGAAAUGGGGCAUCGAGACGGUGGUCGACCUGCCGGGGGUGGGCAAGAACCUGCAGGACCGGUACGAGACCACCGUUGUCGGCGAGGCGAAGACGGACUUCGUCCUGACGUCGCGGUGCACGUUCAUGUACGAGAUGCCCGACCCGUGUCUGGAGCAGUGGGAGAACAACGUCCUCGACAAGGGCACGUACACCACCAACGGCAUCGCCAUCGCUAUCAUCCGCAAGUCGUCCACCACCGACGGCGACCCGGACCUGCUCAUCUCCGGCGCCCCGGCCAACUUCCGCGGCUACUUCCCCAACUACUCGUACGAGGGCCUCAAGGACGCCCGGCACUGGGCCUGGAUCACCCUCAAGGCCCGCGCAGGGAACACCGCCGGCACCGUCGAGCUGCGCUCCGCCGACCCGCGCGACAUGCCCGUCAUCAACUUCAACUCGUUCGACACCGGCACCACCGCCGACGGCGCCGACGAGAAGGACCUGCAGGCCGUGUAUGAGGGCAUGCAGUUCUCGCGCACCGUCUUCGACGACAUGAUCCCGCUCGACGGCAGCUUCGAGGAGGUGUGGCCCGGCCGCAACGUCAGCAGCGAACAGGACAUGAAGGACUUCAUCAAGCGCGAGGCCUGGGGUCACCAUGCCUGCUGCACCAACCCCAUCGGCACCGACGACGACCCCAACGCCGUGCUGGACGGCGAUUUCCGCGUGCGUGGCGUCGACGGCCUCCGUGUCGUCGAUGCCUCCGUCUUCCCCAAAAUCCCGGGUUAUUAUAUCGCCCUGCCAAUCUACAUGAUCAGUGAGAAGGCGGCGGAUGUGAUUAUUGGAGAUGCCCGGUAG